AGGUACUAAAACGCUAAAAUCAUGUUUGUCUUAUUCUAAAGUUCGUAUUUAACGUUUAAGAAUGCAAAAAACCCGAUAAAAUUCCGUUUUGUAAUUAUCGAGAUAUUUGCAAAUUACCGUCAGUUUGUCAUUUGAACACCUGAACGAUUUAGUAAAACACGCCACUACAACUCACUACUUAUAUCCAACGGAAGUGACGCAUAGUGGGUCAUAUACAUUAGAGACAGAUAUGUAAACAGGUCAGUUCGCAAAGUGAAAGUACUAUCGAAAGGUGACAAUUAUCAACUGACAUUGAAUUUAGAAUAUUUAUUGACGUUUAUUGAUUUGUUAUAUUCCCAUAAUUAACCAUGGGAAAGCGUUGUGCAGUUGCAGGGUGCAGUAAUUCCACCAAAACUGGACAUUCCGUACACCUGUUUCCUAAAGUAGAACGACAACGUGUCUUGUGGAUACGUUUUGUAAAACUGACUCGUGUUGAUUUUUCUGAGCCAUCUAAAAACUCUGCUAUAUGUAGUGCUCACUUCUCAGACGACUGUUACGAAUUUGACCGAAUCAAAUUCAAGGAGUUAUUUGGUUUAUCCACAAGCAAGAGACUUUUGCCAAAUUCAGUGCCAAGUAUUUACCCCAAAAGACCUGCAGACGUGCUCAAUGAGGGAUUUAUUGCUGAACCUAAGAAGAAACUAAGAACAUCUGCAGCUCUACAGAAAAGAGAAAGGGUCAAGAUACUACAGGAACUGUUGUAUAAUCCACCCAAUGAAGAAACUAAGAACCCGCCAGAAUUAAUUCCAACAGUUCCCAUGCUCAUUGAUGAUGAGAAUGCUAACCCAUCCCUAGAACCCUCUGCAGACCAAGAGUCACCUGUACAUGUAUGCAAUAAAUCUGUACCAUCUCUAGUCAGCCCUGAGCAAGACACACCUGUAUGUUAUAACUCUGUGCUAUCUCCUGUCAGCCCUGAGCCAGAUAAACCUAUACAUUCUAUUAAUGCUAGUAAAGGUUGCAACAGUGAUAGUCAGGAAACCACUCAUUCAAAAGAAAUUGAAAAGGUAAAUGUAACUAACUCGCAGAAAACAGCAGACAGUCAGACAGCAACAGUUUCAACUCAAAGGAGGUUCAGAUCUGCCAGAAUUCAAGUUCAUCCGAAAACUAAAGAAAAAUGUACUAAAGCUGACUUUCAACCAAGAUAUCGUAGUAUGGCUAUUCAGUGUGAUCUCAUACCAACACCACAUCAGCCACAGCCUGCAGACAAUACAACAGAAAGAGUCCAACAACAUGCUAAUGACAUUGAACACAUAACACCUGAUGAUCCAGUUAUUUCUGAUGAUCCCGAAGAUCUUCCAUAUGAACCAUCCCUUAGUGAUUCUUCGGACAGUGGUGGUAGUGAUGAUUCUCAUAAUGAAUUAGAAACAGGUCUACAAGAAAAGAAAUAUAUUGUUAGUGAAGACCAGCUUAUGGACUUGUUUAAGAUAUGCCGUAAAUGUUGUGGUUGUGCUAUUGCUACUAUUUCUCAAAUAGUGGGGACUCUUAUAAAAGUUGAAGUCAAAUGUGAACUUUGUAGUGACAGUUACGUAUGGCAUAGUCAGUCAUUUAUUGGAUCAGUUCCAACCGGUAACUUGGCAGUCUCCAGUGCAAUUUUAUUUUCUGGUGCCUUACCGACCAAAGUUUUGCGCUUUAUGAACUUCAUGAACAUUGCAACAAUUUCAAAUCAGACCUUCUUCAACCAUCAGAGACAUUUCCUGUACCCAGCCGUAGUACGAUUUUGGAAGCACCAGCAAAUGCAACAUGUAGAAAGAUACAGAGACGGUAGGGAGUCCCUGGUCGUUGGUGGUGAUGGUAGGGCUGAUACUCCAGGCCAUUCUGCAAAGUAUGGGUCUUAUUCAAUUGUAGACUUGAACCAAGGUGUUGUUAUUGAUGUUCAACUGGUUCAGAGUAAUGAGGUCAAGUCCAGCAAUGCCAUGGAAAAAGAAGGUCUGAUACGUGCCUUGAAAUGGAUAGGUGACAACAACUUGUCUGUCAAGACGCUUGUCACCGAUCAGCAUCUUCAAAUUGUGAAGUACGUUAGAGAGAAGGAACCACACAUCAAACACUACUUCGACGUCUGGCAUGUGGCAAAAGGUUAAAAGAAAAAAAUGGUUAAACUCAGUAAGGAGACGGACUGUGCAAAAGUUGGAGAGUGGAUCAAAAGCAUCACAAACCACAUGUACUGGGUAGCAGCUUCAACACCAGCUGGUGAUGGAGAAGAAAUGGUGUCCAAAUGGUUGUCGGUGGCUAACCAUGUACAGAACAUCCAUACAGGCCACUCUGACACAUUUCCAAGCUGUAAACAUCGAAGAUUAGUGGGAAGAGACAGGAAAAAGAAAUGGUUAAAACCAGGAAGUUAGGCUUGUGUAAAGCUGGAAGAGCUUUUGACAGCUACCAGACUCAAAACAUCUGUAAGAAAGCUGUCACCAAUACACCAGACUUCUGAUGUUGAGGCUUUCCACUCAACAAUCAACCACUUUGCCCCUAAGAUCAUUGG